UGGCGGCGGCGCGGCGCAGGCACCGGCCCGGGAGCGGCACCAUGAGCGGAUCACAGAACAAUGAUCUGAAAAGACAGUUUCUGCUGGAGCGUCUGCUGGAUGCAGUGAAACAGUGCCAGAUCCGCUUUGGAGGAAGAAAGGAGAUCGCCUCGGAUUCCGACAGCAGGGUAACCUGUCUGUGUGCCCAGUUUGAGGCCGUCCUGCAGCAUGGCCUGAAGAGGAGCCGGGGAUUGGCGCUAACGGCAGCCGCAAUCAAACAGGCAGCAGGCUUCGCCAGCAAAACGGAAACAGAGCCCGUGUUCUGGUUCUACGUGAAGGAGGUCCUCAGCAAGCACGAACUGCCGCGCUUCUACUCCCUGCGCCACAUCGCGUCGGACGUGGGCCGCGGCCGGGCCUGGCUGCGCUGUGCCCUCAACGAACACUCGCUGGAGCGCUACCUGCACACGCUCCUGGCCGACCGCGGCAGGCUCAGCGCUUUUUAUGAAGACUGGUCUUUUGUGAUGGAUGAAGAAAGGUCUAGCAUGCUUCCUACCAUGGCAGCUGGUCUGAACUCCAUCCUCUUCGCCAUCAACAUCGACAACAAGGAUUUGAACGGGCAGAGUAAGUUUGCUCCUACCGUGUCAGACCUCUUAAAGGAGUCCACGCAGAACGUGACGUCCCUGCUGAAGGAGUCCACGCAGGGGGUGAGCAGCCUCUUCAGGGAGAUCACGGCGUCGUCUGCCGUCUCCAUCCUCAUCAAACCCGAGCAGGACACCGACCCCCUGCCUGUCGUGUCCAAGCACGUCAGCGCCGAUGCCAAAUGUAGAAAGGAGCGGAAGAAGAAAAAGAAGGUGACCAACAUCAUCUCUUUCGACGAUGAGGAAGAGGAGCAGAACUCUGGCGAUGUUUUUAGAAAGAUCCCCGGGGCCGGGGAGAGCUCGGAGGAGAACUCCGACCGCUCCUCCGUCAAUAUCAUGUCCGCGUUCGAGAGCCCCUUCGGGCCGAAUUCCAACGGAAGUCAGAGCAGCAGCUCCUGGAAGAUCGACUCUCUGUCCUUGAACGGGGAGUGUGGGUACCAGAAGCUCGACGUGAAAAGCAUCGACGACGAAGAUGUGGAUGACAACGAGGAUGACGUGUACGGGAACGUGUCGGGCAGCAAGUGCCUGGGUCACUCGGGCUCACCCGAGAAGCCGCUGGAUGGGGACACCCACCUCUCCCAGAUGCACAGCUGGGCUCCCCUGCAGGUGCUCCACGGUGACGCCGAUGUCCUCUUCCCCGUCAGCGGAGUGGGCUCCUACAGCCCGGCAGAUGCCCCCCUUGGAAGCCUGGAGAACGGGAUAGGACCGGAGGACCACGUUCUCCCGGAGCCCGGCCCCCGGUACAGUGUGGAAGCCAGUCCUCCCAGCCAGGGAAGCCCUCUGAGCAACCUGUUACCUUCCGCCUCCGUGCCAGAAUCGAUGACAAUUAGUGAACUGCGACAAGCUAUUGUGGCCAUGAUGAAUAGGAAGGACGAGCUGGAAGAAGAGAACAGGUCUUUGCGGAACCUGCUGGACGGGGAGAUGGAGCACUCGGCGGCGCUGCGGCAGGAGGUCGACACCUUGAAAAAGAAAGUGGCCGAGCAGGAGGAGCGGCACGUCCUGAAGGUCCAGGCGCUGGCAAGAGAAAACGAGGUGCUCAAAGUCCAACUGAAGAAAUACGUAGGAGCUGUCCAGAUGCUGAAAAGAGAAGGUCAAGCAGCUGAAGUUGUGCCGAAUCUUUGGAGCGUUGAUGGAGAAGUUACGGUCACCGAGCAGAAGCCGGGCGAAGUGGCGGAGGAGCUGGCAAGCUCCUACGAGAGAAAGCUGAUAGAGGUGGCGGAGAUGCACGGCGAGCUGAUUGAGUUCAACGAGCGCCUGCACAGGGCCCUGGUGGCCAAGGAGGCCCUCGUGUCCCAGAUGAGGCAGGAGCUCAUUGACCUGCGGGGACCGGUUCCCGGAGAUUUGAGUCAAACGUCCGAAGACCAGAGUUUGUCGGAUUUUGAAAUAUCAACGCGGGCACUGAUCAACGUGUGGAUCCCGUCAGUGUUUCUCCGGGGCAAAGCAGCAAACGCCUUCCACGUGUAUCAGGUCUACAUCCGGAUAAAAGACGACGAGUGGAACGUCUACCGGCGGUACACAGAGUUCAGGAGUUUGCACCACCAGUUACAGAACAAGUACCCGCAAGUGAGGGGCUACAGCUUCCCACCCAAAAAGGCCAUUGGAAACAAGGAUGCCAAGUUUGUGGAGGAGCGGAGGAAGCAGCUCCAGAAUUACCUGCGCAGCGUCAUGAACAAGGUCAUCCAGGUGGCCCCCGAGUUCGCCGCCAGCCCCAAGAAGGAGACCCUCGUGCGGCUCAUGCCUUUCUUUGUUGACGUCCCCCCUCCUGGAGAACCGCUGACCAAGAACACCCGGCCCAAAGUGGCUUCCCGCUUCCCCAAGCUGUCCCGCGGUCACCCCAGAGAAACCCGCAACGUGGAGCCCCAGAGCGGCGACCUCUGACCUCUGCCGAAUCCCAGACUUGGGCCCUAUGUGCUGCGCCAGCUGCCUCCGCCCAGACACUCCGCGUCCGGCCCGGCCCCAGCACACGGCCCCUUCCCCUCUCCAGAGUGCGCCCCCCCCCCCGGAGUCCCGAGACACUGAUUAAACUGGGCAGUCUCAGAGGGCAAGGCAGCAGCUCGGACACAUGGACACCCUCCCGGGGCCGGCCCUUCCCAACUCCCUCCAGCUCGGGGGCGGGGGCCGGCGAGAGGGUGGGCACCGGGGGCCGUGCACAGCCCCUUGCUGGAGAGGCACAGCUCGGAGGCAGAUCAGAAACCGCCUCCUGACUCUUUCCCGCGCGGGAAUUAGAAUGACUGUUACCCUUUUUUUUUUUUUCCUUGUAACGUAACUGCCUGCUGUAGUCUAUGGACACGUGGGACCCGAGGGGGGAGGUCGUGUUCCUUCCCCUCAACUCUCUCCCAGUGGUCCUAAGACACCCUGGUUGUACAACCCAUGGCCAGCGGUAGCUCAUGUGGCCUCCUCGAGGGAGACAUGCCAGUGGCCUUCUUGCUAAGGAGCCACUAGGGACGCUGACCUGAGUGGGGGGGCGCAUAGAGCACUCCCCACCGCCUUCUGAGGUUGGCUUCUGGAAGGACUAGCCCCCGUCGGAAACUGGAGGCCGCCUGGGCCCACAUGCACACUGUGAGGCUUGGGUGGACUGGGGCCAUGACCUCCCAAGCCAAGAGGCCUCAAGGUCGUGUGAGAGACUGUUCAGGGAACCACGGCGGAAAAGGCCUCAGGCCCUCAGGCUUGCAGACUGUUCUCCGGAGCCCUGCAGAGCUCCGUGGGGCUCCCUGGUACCUGGGACAGCGCCCCCGCCUCCAGGUCACGGUCAUUCCCUUAGGAUGCAUUCUUGCUGUGCCCUGUGCCCCCGCCGUGCUCUGUGUGUCCCCCGUGGCAGGCGGGAACAGGAUGAGGACAAGCUGCCCUCCUGCGUGAGGUCGCCUCCCCGAACCGGGGCCGUGGGCCGGCUCGGACCUCCAGCAUCACGGACCCGGCGUGAGCUGCGGUGGACAGAUACGAAGGGCUCGCUUGUCCGGGGGAAGGACGGAGGAGCUAGACCCACGCAGUACGGCAGAGCACGUGGGGGCCAGACUGACGUGAGGAAGUGGGAGCGCGUCGGGGGCCUGCGGGCAGCUGAGCACACAAGCUUCCCGGAACCGUUUCAGCCGCCCCGGGCUUGCUGAGCCACUGCGCGAGCACUAGGCCUCUGCUGGACAGACGGACGAUCUGGACGGCAUCACCCGGAAGGUUUCUGCCGCGAGUUCCCUGCUGCCAAGUGAGGGUAGUGGAAAUGACUUAGGGCCCUUACCGAAGGCUGAGGUGCAGCCCACCCCGCCCUCCGGGGGGAACUGAGGCAGCCCGAACCACCUCAGAGGAAGCCAUCGGCCGGGGGAGCGGAACCAAGCACUGUUCCCCGUGCAGGGGCCACGUCAUCAGCUCGUGGGGGUCAAAAGGACCCGAGACACUGUGUCCCAGGAAAGCAACCCGGGGCUCUGCCUUGUUUGCCAAGGUCCCCAUGGCACCUGCGCUUCCUUCGAACUCGAGGCCCACAGGACAGCUGGCCGCUG